AUGGAUGUCGGGGACAUGGUCACCUCGGACACGGGGAAUCGCAAUUUCCGGUGCGAUUGGGAGGGCUGUAGGAAGGCCUUCAAUCGCAAGUCGGACUUGCAGCGGCACUAUCGGAUACACACAAAUGAGAGGCCUUUCGGCUGUACCUGGGCCGGCUGCAGCCAACGUUUCAUCCAACGGAGCGCCCUCACCGUACACAUGCGUACGCACACGGGUGAGAAGCCUCAUGGAUGUCUGCAUCCAGGAUGCGGCAAGAAGUUCUCAGACUCCUCGAGUUUGGCGAGGCAUCGCCGGAUACACACGGGCAACCGGCCGUAUAAGUGUAACCAUGAUGGCUGUACGAAGAGUUUCUGCAGAAAAACAACCAUGGUCAAACACCUCAAGCGUAGCCAUCAUCCUGGGCGACAUUCCCCCGAGAUGGAGGACAUGAUAUCCGAUGGCGGGAGUGACAGCCCGCCAUCGACGCCCAACAGCCACGUCGCGAUGCCGCUUCAGCCCAGUCUCGGAUUCGGACCCAUUACGGGCCAACCCGCGUACCCAGCCGGGUACCCCCAACAGUCAACCCCCUCGUUCGCGCAAACCGCGCAGCAUGCCCCCUACGCCCUGCAGCCGCAGUACGGCCAUCGCCACAGCCUGCCGCACAGCCAGCCCACCCCCGACUACCAUGGCCUUUCACAGCCACAACAGCAUCCACCGGCGCUCGGGCAAGUCUUCCAGCGGACAGCGAGCCUACCCCACCAAUUGCAGUACCAUCCACAGGUCCCGCGGCAGGGCCCUGAGCGGCCCCCGCUUAAUAUCCCGCCAUCGCCGUAUCCAACAGGUGAGCACGAUAUAACGAGCAGCAUACCACAGGCGAGCCCGGGUGGCUUCUCAGUCACGUCGGGGCACGGCAGCCCAGCGGCGCAGCAAGACUUCUACACACACCUCCCGCCGGGCAACAACCAGCAGCGGCAGCAGCAGCAACAUGAGCAGCACCAGCAGCACCAGCACCCGCAGCAGUCUUGGGGGUUUGAUGGAGAGGUUGCGGUCGUGCAGCAGUACCAGUCGCCGACCGAUGUGACCGCCAUUGGCUCGUUACCGUUUAGUGCGGCCAACAACUUCGAACUCUGGGACCCCGACAAGCUCGACUUCAAUGAGACUGGCAUGACAAUGCCGAGCACGAGGAUAAAUGAAAUGAGCUAG